CCUACUAAUGAUUACUCGACAUUGAGACAGAUGGUCAUCGUUCGAUGUUUUUUUGUUUUCGACCAAAAAUCCAAGACCGAUCAAGACAAACGUCAAAACGCGGCUUAAACAUCGAAUUGUUGAAUAUCGUGCUGUGGUCGUGAUUACGUGAGUGCAAUACUUUGAAUUAAGUAAAUAUGGCAGCCAGUGCUCCAGCUAGCCGCGGUCUAACGGCCCUGUUCAAGCGAGGCUGGAACGAAAUUCCCGAAGUUGUUGGUUCUUCAGCAAUGGCCCUUGUUGGAAUUGGUCUCACUUUGGUUGGCCUAAGCAAUUACUACCGGAAGGAUAGCGAUAACCGACGUUACAAGAUGGACUACGUCGUCAUGCGCCCCGAAGAUCCCCGCGCAGCCAAAAUUCGCACGGAUUAGUUGAAAUAAUGCUCUAGCGAAGGAAUAAAUCGGACACUAGUUGUAAAUAAAAGA